GGCGGCGUCGACGCGAUCGCGGCGGCGCUCGGAUGCGAUCUGAAGCGCGGUCUGUGCGAUCGCGCGUGGGCGUCGGAGGAGCGAAAGGAGAGCUACGGGGUGAAUGAGUUCGAAUAUCCGCCGCCGAAGUCGUUCUGGGAGCUGUGUAAGGACGCGCUCGGGGACCUGACGGUGCGGAUCCUGAUCGCGGCGAGCGUGGUGUCGCUCGCGGUGGGCGCGGGGAUGAAGAGUCAUCGCGAGGAGUACGGGUACUUGGAGGGGAUCGCGAUCGUACUCGUCGUUUUCGUCGUCGUGUUCUUGCAAGCGUUCAUCGAUUACGCCAAGGAGAUGAAGUUUCGACAGUUGAACUCGGUCAAGGAUAAUUAUCAAGUCAAAGUGCAUCGCGACGGGAAGAGCGUGGCGGUGCCGGCGGGUGAAAUCAUGGUCGGUGAUUUGGUGGAGCUCGCGGCGGGGGAUAAAGUUCCGGCCGACGCUCUGUUCGUCGAGGGCUCUAAAUUUAAGGCGAACGAGGCGGCGAUGACGGGCGAACCCAUCGACAUUUCCAAGUCGCGCGAAAAAGACCCUUGGGUGCUUUCGGGGACGUCCAUCUCCGAGGGAUCGGGUAAGGCGUUGAUCAUUGCCGUCGGCUCAAGAUCGCAAUGGGGCGUCAUCCUGAAGACGUUGAUCGUCGAACCGAGCGAUACGCCGCUUCAGGAGCGGCUCGAGCGACUCGUCCUCCUCAUCGGUAACUUCGGCAUCGGCGCCGCUGUGCUGACUUUCCUCGCGAGCAUGAUUCGCUGGAUCGCCGACAGCGCCAAGAGUGGAAAAUGGGACGGUACGCUCGUCCUCGAGUUUCUCAUCAACGCCGUGACGAUCGUCGUGGUCGCGAUUCCGGAGGGUUUGCCUCUUGCAAUUACUCUCGGCUUGGCGUUCGCCAUGCGAAAAAUGAUGGCGGACCAGAAUCUCGUGCGUCGCUUGGAGGCGUGUGAAACCAUGGGAAGCGCCACGCAGCUCAACGCAGACAAAACCGGUACGUUGACACAGAACAGGAUGACGGUCACCGCGUGCUGGCUCGGCGGCAAAGUUUGCGAGCAAGUUCCGCCACCGAGCGUGAGCGAAACCUUCUCGGACACGCUCUGCCAAUCCAUGGCGGUUAACUCUGACGCCAACUUGAGCUACAAAGAUAACGGCACGGUGGAACACCUCGGCAGUAAAACUGAGUGUGCCUUGCUUCAGCUCGUCGAGCAGAUGCAGCCGCCUACCGACGACACGCAGACGUACAUUAAGCUUCGCGAAAAGUUUCCCGUUGCGCAACUGUACCAUUUUACUUCGGCGCGUAAGCGUAUGUCCACCGCCAUUUCGAAUGGCUCGGGCACGCGUUUGCACGUCAAGGGUGCGUCUGAGAUUGUCGUCAAGCUGUGUACGAAGAUGAUGGGCGCGGAUGGCAAGGUUUCGUCUCUCACAACGCCCAUGCUCAAGGAGGCAGAGGCGGCGAUUGAAGCCUUUGCGCGUCAAGGUUUGCGCACGCUGUGCAUCGCGUACACCGAUCUCGGGAAGUCACCGAGUAGUCUCGGUGAAACGCCGCCGGAGAGCGAUCUCACGUUGCUCGGAAUCAUGGGCAUCAAGGAUCCGAUUCGCCCCGAAACUGCCGAAGCGGUGCGCUUGCUACGCGGCGCGGGCGUGACGGUCCGUAUGGUCACCGGCGAUAACGCCAUCACCGCCGAAGCUAUCGCGCGAGAGGCAGGUAUUCUCGAAGAUGGCGAUGAUGGUCUCGUGCUUGAGGGUCCAGAUUUCCGUAAGAUGUCUGAUGCGGAGAAGGAAGCCAUCGCCAUGCGCAUUCGCGUCCUCGCGCGUUCCUCGCCGUCUGACAAGUUGGUUCUGUGCAACUUGCAAAGAAAACUCGGUGAGGUGGUCGCCGUGACGGGGGACGGUACCAACGACGCUCCGGCACUCAAAGAUGCGGACGUCGGGUUCGCCCUCGGCAUCGCUGGCACCGAAAUUGCGAAGGAGGCGUGCGACAUUGUCAUUCUCGAUGACAACAUCAAGUCCAUGGCCAAGGCCGUGCUUUGGGGUCGUAACGUCUACCAAUCGAUUCGCAAAUUUUUGCAGUUUCAACUCGUCGUCAACGUCGUGGCGGUCAGCUUGAACUUGAUCGCCGCCAUCGCGGGCAUCAAAGAGCUGCCGCUCGCUGCGGUUCCAUUGCUAUGGGUGAACAUGAUCAUGGACUCGAUGGGCGCCCUCGCGCUCGCCACGGAGCCUCCGUCACCGGAGCUCAUGAAGCGUAAGCCUUUCGGGCGCACGGCGCCUCUCAUCAAUAAACACAUGUGGCGCAACAUCAUCGGCGUGUCCGUGUAUCAAUUGACCGUGUGCAUGGUUUUCAUGUUCGACGGGAAGAGGCUCCUCGACAUUCCGUGCAAGUACGUCGCGGCGUCGGGAUCAGUGGCGGCGCACUACGAUUGCCAUCAUCAAACGUUGGAGCUGAAUGGUUUCAUAUUCAACGCAUUUGUCUUCAUGCAAGUGUUUUCUGAAAUCAAUUCUCGACGCAUCGCCGAUGUGAAUGUCUUCGCGAACAUUCACAACUCGCCCAUUUUCUGCGGCAUCAUCGCGCUCACCGUCGGUGUGCAAGUGCUCUUCAUUCAAGCCGUCGGCGGCACCGUAGUUGGUCCGGCGAUCGGAUUUGUUGAGCAAAACACAAAGGAGUGGAUCACCGCGAUCAUUCUCGGUGUCAUCAUCCUCCCCGUGGGCGUAGUCACGAGACUGUUACCCUUGAAAUGGUUCCCC